AUGGAUUUCAUAACAUUCCUAGCAAUUGUUGUUAUUCUGUUAAUAAUUUAUAAUCAUAUUAAUUAUAAAGUUCCGGAUGCUCUUAAAGAUAUUCACACGAUCACAUACUUUAGUUUAAUUGUAUCGAUAAUUACGAAACAAAACGGGAAUGAUAAACUUUAUUUACGUUCUAAAGAAUAUUUUGAAAAGGAUGGCAUUGUAAAGUUUUAUUUUAGAGGAAAAUGGAUUUGCAUGAUAACUGAUCCAACAAUUGCUAAGGAAAUAUGUUUACGAACUGAUAUUUUUCCUAAGAUAAUGCUCAAUGAGAUAAUACCAAAUACUGCAGCUGAGCAACAUUUUGGUAUUAAUGUUGUUCAUUCAAAUGAUGAUGUUUGGAAGCGACAUAGACGGAUCUGUAAUCCUGCUUUUAAAACUUUACCGGUACAUCUUUUUGUUGAAAAGGGAUUAAAGUUGAUGGAUAUUUUAGAAAAAGUCGAUAAUAAGCCAAUUGAAGUCAAAGAUCUUAUGCAAAGGUUUACUUUAGACGUUCUUGGAAAAGUUGCCUUCGAUUUUGAUUUCAACACUCUCGAAGAUCCGAAUAAUGCCUACGUAACAGCUUAUAAUGACGCUCAUAAUAUGUUUAAAAGUCCAUUUUAUAAUAAUAUUCUCCAAAUUGAUCGCAUUCCAAUCUUAAAACGAUUGGCUUUUAGAAAAGUUAAUAAGUUAAAUAAUUUAUUUGAUAAUAUUAUUAAAGAAAAACGUAAAUCCUUAGCUACUGGACAUUCUAAUGGUGACCUUUUGGAACUGAUGUUAAAGGCUUGUGAUGAUCCAGAUAUUUCUGAUAAUCAAAUGUUAUCGGAUACUGAGUUAAGACAUAAUUUAGCUGUUUUUAUGGUUGCAGGUCAUGACUCAACUGCGAUGGCUCUAUCGACUCUUUUAUAUCUUUUAGCAAUUCAUAAAAAUGUUCAAGAUAAAGUUCGAGAAGAGAUCUUAAGAAUACUUGGUGAUAAUCUAAUCCCAUCAGCAGAACAGCAUGCAUCAUUAAAUUAUUUGAAUAUGGUUAUUCGUGAAAAUCUUAGAUUAUAUCCUCCAGUCAGUUUGCCAUUUCGUGCAUCAACCGAAGACUUAAAAUGUAAGAAUUUUUUGAUUCCAGCUGGUACACCCAUUACGCUCUUCAUAUAUGGGAUCCAACAUUCUCCAAAACUUUGGAAAGAUCCUGAAGAGUUUUUGCCUGAGAGGUUUGAAAAUGGACACGAUAAUUAUUCUUGGUUAGCUUUUGGUGGUGGAUCUAGAAUGUUGGUUGAACUUUUUUGA